UUUCAGGAGGGGGGGCUUAUUCAAAGAUGGGGACUUAAUUAGCAGCAGUCAAAUAUAUUACAAGGGGUAAAUUUUCCUCCUCUAUUCAAGGCUGGUCAGUUUGCUUUAAAAUGCAGAUAUAAACAUAUUGAUAAGAUAUAAACCAUGUUUGUUUUCUUUCAUCAGUUUUAAUAAUUCUUUUGCAGAUGGCUUUGAAUCUUCAGAAGGAAGAGGAAAGUUACCAACAUUUUCCAUUCCUGGUCUACCUCCAGUUACAGAAGGAGGUCUGCUUUCUAAAUCUUUUCAAGACCUGCAAAUUUUUUUUAAAAAGCUCCUGAAACUUUAGAAAAUGUUUUAAGAACAAAUGAAAUGGGCAAAGAAGGAUGGCACCUCUCCUGCAUACAGUAACCCCACAUUUAUUUCUACACUACACUCUCAAUAGACAGCACAUUCCAGAAGUUUUCUUUUGAAACAUUUUGUUCAUUUCAAUCAUUACUCUGAUAAAUUCUGCAUGUACUGUCUAUGUUUAUUAUUGUUCAAAUUAAUACAUUAAUUUAGUGUAUCUCUGAAUGAAAGUUCUGUUGACCCCUGCCAUGAAAUUUUGCAUUUAAUAUAUUGAAUUUUCAGAAAAUUCAAGAAACACGAUACGAACUGUAACAACGAACUGCCUAUAUUAUAUUGCUGGGGUUUUUUUAAGUAGUUCCAUAGAUUGGGGCUGUAUUUUCUCGACUCAAUGCUUCGUGGUUAUAAGCUAUUUGUAUGUUAAUCUUAAUGAAGAUUUCUGUUUACCAAUCUGUCAUAAAACGAUCAAUUUCCUAUAGGUAGUAUGAGCUUAUAGCAGUAUGGCUUUAAGUUACUUCUUAAAACCUUAGAUCAAUUUUAGAACUGUCUUGUGAGCAUUUUGGAGCAGCGUGUAUCUAAAUCUUGCUUUUUUCUCUAGUGCCUUGCUGCAUAAUCGAUUUGGACCAUGUGUCAUAACCUCCCAAUCCGUUGCUGCGAAGCAGCUUUAAUUGAUCUUGCGUAUUGCAAUUAUGACGUCAGAUAAAUCAUUCGUCUGGUAUUUGAUUGCAUACAUAGCAAAUCUCCUCAAAUUCGUUUCUUGUUCGAUUACAGAGAGGUGUAUUCGUGAGUUUUUUUCGGAAAAUCGUUCGUGCCCACUAGAGCAUAUCUAGUAUUUUUUCAAUUUAGCGCUAGAAAAAUUAUCUCUAGUGUAAUUGACGCCAUGAGGCGCUCAAGUCGCGAAGAGGAACUAGUUCCUAUGCGGAGCAUUGAAGCCGAAGAAGGCAGACGCCUGCCAUCUUCUUCUUCUUUAAGUUUCUCCAGCCAGAAAGACAUUCGAAGAAAGAAGUCUGUUCGCUUUUGUGAUUCAGUAUCCAAACUUGACGAUCUGCAGGGGAUAAUGCAGAAAUUCCAGCACGUUUUGGGUGAUAUCAAAUGGCUGGAAUCGACUCUCGAGUCUUUAGAAGCACCUCUGCGUGCCAAUGGAUCAGGUACUGAAAAGCUUCUUUUGGAAUCUAUGGUUGAUGUCAGGAAGCUGGAGCAGGCUAUUGCCAAGAAAAGUGAUGAAGCUGUUUGGGAGAAUAUUCGCAAUGAAGAUAUGACAAUGCGUUGCGAUGACACCGAGUUGAUGGGAAAUCUAAAACCUUUGAUCAGCUCCUUCACUAUGGAAAGCUUCGAAGCAUACCUGCGUGAGAUGGAACAUAAAAGAGAGCGGUUGAUAGCAAGCGUGAGUAAGCUCGAGCUCAUUUUAUUGGAAGACAAGGAGCUAAGAGAAUUUGCUGCAAGACGCUCUUCAGGGGCUGAAAAGCAGGUUGCCAGCCAGAGGUUGAGAGAGGAGAAGGACACUGCCAUUGCUAGUGAUGAUUUGUCUUCGAAGUCAAGCAGUGAAGAGUGGAUAUGUAGCAAUGAUGCCUGUAACCAAAGUCAAGAGCCAAGUGUGGAACUGUCUACGGAUGGCAGUGAUGCACUAAUGGGAGAGAGUCACAAAAUGGAAGCUGGAAAUGCCCCUGAAGAUGGCCAGAAACAGGUUCUAAUGGAAGUGACAAAAGCCAAAGUGUCUCAAGCCCGGGAGGUGCAAGCCGAGAGCAAGAUGCCAGCCCAAGAUUUUGAGUUGCAGCAAAGCAUGAAAAGAAAACUGGUGCUGGAACUGAAAGAGGUGCUUGGAGACAUAUUCUAUUUGGAAGCCAGGCAGACCAAAUUGGAAGUUCCAUACCUAAGAAAGGUUUUUCCAUCGAAGGAAUCACUUGUCGAGUCACUUCUUCUGCUAAAGAUACGCGCCCAGAUACGUCUGCGGAGAAAAGAGAAAGCCCUGAUGCAAAAGUUGAUUCGUGAAGAAAAGGAGAAAACCCUAUGCCAAGAUGUUUCCCCCUCUGCCAAUAAAGGAGUGAGAUAUCUCCAGUUAGCCUAUAAAAGAAAGCUGGAGAGAAGAGAGUAUCUACGAAGAAGUGUCCGUAGAUUGGAACUCCACCAGUUGCCAUCAAAACAAGCAGAGAUUUUGCCAACACCUGAAAGCCAAGAGAAGGGCCUGCUUGAUGAUGAAAAGGCUAUGUCUGUGGAACCAGUAUGUGACCCAGGACAGUUGGCCAUGCCAGAUAGUUUGGAGACUGCGAAGAAUGGUGAAGAUCUACUAGAUAUCUCCGCAGUACCGAAAGGUGAAGAGUGUAAUCAAGAUGUACGCCUUCGUUUAACGGAUUUUGAAAGACGUGGCACUGCUCGUCAAGAGAGAAUGUCCCGCAGAAACCGCAAGGCCAAGAGAAGAGACAAAGAUGGUGCACCUGCGGCUGUACAAUGCUCUAAAAUUGAAAGCCUAUCCUCUGAUGUCCCUUUUGCAAGCUCUAGUGUCAUAUUGCCGUUGAACGAUGCUCAUGAACUAGAACCACCAUGCUGUCAUGGACCAGAGUGUCUCUUGCAGUUUGGAGAUUUUGAUCCUAUAUGUACCAAGAAGGACCCUCUUCUGUUUGUGGGGGAAUUCAGGAUUCCUGCAGAAGACUGGGAUGCAGAAUGCAGUUUAUCCAAUGGUAACGCAGUCAGCAGUGCAUUGAUCCCUGAAGUUGGUGCAGAGAAUGGCUAUCCUGAUGAUGGUGAUAUUGUAGCCAACGAUAAUGCUGCCAACGCAGAGUCAGGGACUGGUAAUGGCACAAAAGUUGCACCAGAAGGUACCAGUGUCCUUGAUGUUUCAAGGAAUGCUGCUGCAGGGACAGAUAUGGUAUGUGGUCAUGAUGUACAGGGUAGUGCUAGUGACACUGGUGCAUCAAAUGAAGGAGCCUGUGACAAAGAAGUAAAAGCUGCCAAAUUGGAUUCGACAGGUUCUGUUGAUAUAGCUAAUGGAAGCAUCAAUUCCUGUGACAAUCAAAUGCCCAAACAACAAUUGUCUCCCGAUGCUGCCAACGAGGAAACUGAAAUUAAUGGCCUAGCCUCUGCUGAUGCGGAGUUGGCAGACCUGGAAGAUUGUGAGCUGCCAAGAAUUGCAAACUGGGCUGAUCACGUAGAAGAGAAUGAAAUCACAAACAACGAGCCACAUGUUUUGCCAGCAGUUCCAGAUAAGGAUAUCACCAAUCCUGAUCUAAAGCCACCUUAAUGUUAUGGCAAAGAUUUCAUGGCUGAUUCAUUCAAUUUUGAGGACAUUAUGAAUAGUCAUGAUUGCUGUAAUUAUUUAGUUAUGAUUUGUGUUAAUGUACAUUUUUAUCAGUUCGAA